AUGAGCAAGCCACCGGUCACCAAGGAACAGAAGGAUAAGAUCCUAGAAGAAUGUGACAAAUUCAUCCGUCUAGGGUAUUCUGUUUAUGUUGUAUCCCGGCAUAGUCCCUGUUGCGAUGCUGUGAGGGCGGUUGAAAACAGAGACAUGGACUACGUUGUCCUCCUAUUCACAAAUGAGCAGAAGGACAAGUACAGCAUAUCUAAGAUCCUGGCGCUUCAUGGCUCUGCGAACUUCCUGCUGCUCCUCAUCAUCAGCAGGUCGUGGGCCGAAGGGCAGUGA